AUGACUUUGCAAUGCAACAAACGAACCGUUUUGUUUGAAUCAUUCAGUGUGAUUGUUGUUUGCCGGUGCACGCCGGGUCCAGUCCGUUACAUCUCGCCCACUCAGCUUCGGAAACAUGCUUCGCCUGCUGUGAAGAAAUCGCAAUUAAAUACUACUCCGAAAACUUUGGCCUUGAAGAGUACGCCUGGUAAAAGUGGGAGCAAGAGGCCGUUGCCGGAGGAAUCGGACAGUGAGGAGGAAAACCAUGAGUUGUUCCCUCAAAACGGAUUUCUGAAAAGCAAGGUAACGUAUUCUUUUAUACGGAGCCAUAUAGUUCUUUAUAUCUUAAGCGAACGCAGUUCCUAGUUCGUGCUAUGCCUACAUAAGCCCAUGAGUAUUGGUUCGAGCAUCCUGCUGCUUGAGACGAUAACUGACGUGAUUUUUUGUCUCCUAGACGAGUAGAAAUUCGAACCGCACCAGGGCUAACUUACGAGUUCAAAUUGUAUCAACCAUGCAAUUUCUGUGUCCAGCGCAUCUGAAUCCGAUGCCACCAAGGACCCGCUAGACUGGCAAAAUAGAAAUUAUAGGCAUUCAGUCUACGCUGGACAGUC